CUGCGCAUGCUCAGAGGCAGCAGGCUGUCGCCUCACCACCUCCUGCAAUGCAGGUUGCGGCGGCGCGCGGGCGAGAGUCUCGAAGCUGGGAGGAGGGUGGGUGUGUGUGUGAGAGAGAGAGAGUGGACAGUGCUGUCCUCUCGGGCCGCGCUCCCACCUCACCUGCGAGCACGAACUUGGCCAUCCGAAAAGGCGCUGGCGGUGAAGCGAGGCGUCUGCGCUCUCUUCUCCCUUCAGAAGAGCGGCUUCGGGGAAGUUGCCGGGCAACGCGGUGUACGCUGUGAGCGGCGGCGCAUGCGAAGGAGAAACGGACUGUUUUGACCCUUGUGGGCAACCAUAGGUCGAACGAGGCAGAGGCACUCUCAGUCGGCUUGGGUCACGUGCUAACUUUGCGAUGGUGGCUCCCAUGCGCAUGUAACCCGCGAAGAGGAGAAGGUAGGUAAUCUACGUGACCCUCCUCUGGCCAGCUUAUUUGUGCUCUGAAAAUCUUAUGAAUUCUUUUAACAAGCCAUUAUAAAAUGCUAAACAGCAAAAUGAAUAAGAAACUGGAUUGUUUUAUAAGGACGGUCAGGCAGUUGCAGGCAUAUCAUGAUGCAUGGAGUCCUUUUUCUCAACCUGCAAUGAGGAUGUUUGCAUUAGGAAUUAAUGGACAUAAAAGUGCUAUACUCAGUUCUAGCCCCAGACUACGCCUAUUGUCCACAUCUCCUUGCUGGUUCCAAUCACCUGUUCAGUUUUAUUCUCAAGAUAAACCAUUUAGUAACACAGAGGAUGCCAGAGCAGAGGAGCAGAGAGCUGCUAAUGCUCUGUUAGGUGACCAUACCCAAAGCCCCAUGACUGUGAAGCCCAUCCAACCUCCAUCUGGUUUCUUGGUCUCCCCAAAGGAAGACAGAAGUGCAAUGGAAGAAGAUGGAGGGAGCGUGUCUGAGCAGUUCUUUGCUAACCUCCAGAAGUGCAGAUCUCCCUGUGAUGUCCUGGACCUGGCUUCAAAAUCUUCUGUCUCCCAAAAGUAUCCUAGUAGCUGUCUUGCCACUAUGUGGAUGCUCACAAAGAAACUCCCUGCAGACCAAAAGAAUUAUGAAAAAAUACUGAUCUUUCAACACCCUCACUUUAGCCAGCUCUGCCAGUGUGUGAUGCACGAGGCCAAAUAUAUGUGGCGUGAUGACUUGGUGUACAGCUUACUUGGUGUGGUGAAACUAGGAGUCCGACAGAACACCCGAUUGGUUCAGACCUUGCUGAGAGUGUGCCAGGAACGUCUCAAUGAAUUUGAUGAUCGAUGUCUCUCAGUUCUUGCAACUGCUUUGCAAGGAAUGGAAUCAUGCAAUAAUGUGGAAGCUCUUCGAGCUGGCUUGAAGUUGCUGGUGGAACAGCGAAUCCCCAAAACCUCUAGUGUGUUUAUGUUGCAAACCAUGAUGAAGUGUAUAGGGAAGAAUGCACCACUCACCCUUAAGACAGAGCUGGAGAAAAAGAUUUUGAGUCAGAUAGAUGACAUUUCUCUCCCAAAUGCUCAACACAUGUUCAGUGUGUUGGCCGAAAUGGAUUACCGCUCUGUUCCAAUCCUGAAUGCUUGUAGUAACAAAAUAAUAAAGAAUAUCCAGGGAAUUCCACUUUGGAAUCAGCUGAUGAUUCUGCGAUCUUGCAGAGACCUUCAGUACCGCAACAUCACACUUUAUUCUGCAGUAGCAGAUUAUGUUGCAUCAGCCUUCUAUAUGUGGGACACAAAACAGGUAGUCCUGCUUCUUUCAACCUUUGAGAAUCUUGGUUUUCGGCCAGUUGGUCUGAUGGAUGCUUUUGCUGAAGAAGUGGUAUCUAAUCCUGAAUCUUUGAACAUGAAGGAUAUUUUAGUCAUUCUUCGAACGUAUUCUGCUCUCAAUCACAUCCCCAAAGACCAAGAUCAGCGAUUCCUUGAGGCUUUGAAUAGUGCCUUCAGUAAAUAUCUCCCCAGGAUCUCUAAUGUGGACCUACUGAGGACUGUGUACUCAUUCUGCAUAUUAGGAUAUCUUCCCCAAUGUGCACUUGAUCAGCUACUGCAAGAUGAAGUUCUCCAUGAUCUGCUAACAUCAGAUGGGCAGUACAUAGAGCAACAUGAAAUGAUGUUGCGUUCCAUAAAUGUUUGUCUAGAACUUGAGGGACAUUCUGUCACUAUCAAGCCGGCAGCCUUAUCAGCAGAUAAACCAUCAUCCUCUGUUGUUAAUUGUCCUGAUGUUCAGGAGGUGCUGCUUACACUAUUGGGAGACACAAAUCUGUUUCAAUCAAAUGUACAGUUGAGUCAUGGCUACAGCAUAGAUUUUGAAAUUCUAAUUGAUGCGGACAGAAGAAUUGCAGUGUCCAACACUGAAGUAGAUCAGUCAGCAGAUGAUUCCAAGAUUCAAAGGCUCGCUGUGUUGUGUGCUCCUGUGACUGUCUUCUGUGUCAAUUCAAGACAUCCCCGAGGCAGGAUGGCACUGAAGAUGAGACACCUAAAUCUUCUGGGCUAUCGUGUGAUUCUGGUUCAUUACCAAGAAUUCCAAAAACUGAAGAAAGAAGAAGCACUUGAGUUCUUGAAGAAAGAGAUCUUUCCAGCAGAAGCACAUCUGGGUUCCGAUUAGAGCAUCCAGGAUAAUUCCUUGAAUGUACCACAUUAUAACACUUUGUGAAAGAAAAUAAUUCUAAGAUUCCUUAAUUGUCUCUCAUUCUCUGAAUGGCAUAGAAUCCUGUUCAUCUAUUUACAUUUGUUCCAGAACUGGGAAGGAUGCACAGUAGUGACUAGAGUAGUAUUUACUAUAGUGCUUCAAGUACUAUCUGUUGGCACAGAAUGUGUACUUACAGUAUUUGAAAUAAAUAUUUAAUAAGUGGA